CUUGUGCAGUAGGCCUACUGUUUUAAAUCUAUUUCAUGUAUAAAGAAGUUAAAAAGCAAGUUUGAAGAAAUAACUUUUAACUACAAUAUGACGCAGUCACCGGUUCGAGCAAGAACCCUGGAGUAUACCAAAGCCAUGCAAGAUUUUAAAGUCAUGUUUCCUACCCUGGAACCUGAUGUUAUUGAAUGUGUUUUACGUUCAAAUUCAGGACACGUUGAUUCUACCAUUGACAACCUUUUACAAUUGACUAUCGAUGAUGGUGUUAAUGGAAAACACUCAAAUAGACAUGGAGACUCUUUUAUCAGAAGGAUUCCACAACCUGAAUGGGACGAUAGGCAACGUAGUGAAGCAUGUUGUCCACCAAGAUACACCCCUUUAGCUACUCCUCAUCAGUCACAAAGUAGAAUGUAUUCCAGAGAUUCAGUCCCAUAUCACCACAGAUCAUCAUCAUCUAAAAGCUUUGAUCAACCCCCUCAUUCUACAUAUAGAGAUUGGAAUCCUCCUUUGCUUGGUAAGCUCCCAGAUGACUUUUUACGCAUUGUGCCCACUCCUGUGCAAAGUCAUAGGAAUUUAAAUAGGCGUAAAAGUGAGCCCAAACGAAAAUCAUCACAAAAAGAAAGUAGUCUUAAUCUUCACCGUUCUACAAGUUACACUUUGCAAGAUCAGGUGGGAGCUGCUACUAGUUUGAACAACAGUUUUGAAGCGAGAAGCACAGAUGACAACCAGGCAAUUGAAGAUAGAAGAAUAGCUUUGCUUCUUCAGAAUAAAGAGUUUAUGCUCGAACUGCGGAGAAAUGAAGAGUUUUUAAAAGAGCUUCAAAAAUGUGACACUGCAGAAAGCAGGACAGAACCAAAGUCCCCACGACAAUUUAACCCUAUAUCUGUAGAUCCGUUAAAUGAAGUUACACGAACACAUUCUAACAGUAAACUGGAAGAGUUUGCUAAUUUAGAGAAUCCACCAAUAGGAGAGUUUGGAGAGCGUUCGCGACCGAUGAGUAAAUCCACAAAAAGAAAGCUUUCUGAUAUUGCUCAGCGAUUAAAUUUAAGAAGGACUUCUUACAAAUCCUUGGACAAAAUUGAUCCAAUAUUUGCUAAUACUGAAGAUGGGGAGUUUAGUUAAAAUGAGAAUAGGUUUGGUAAAAUAAUAACAGUAUACUCUUUAUUCUCCCUAAAUAACCUUUUAAAUCCUUUUUGGUGUAGCAAAUAGUAUCAGGGACAUUUUGUUUAGUUUACCAUUUAGGUACAAGUCAAGGAUAUAUUUUACUGCUGGGCUAGGUACUUAUCCUAACCAACUAAAACUUAUAUAAUUGUGAAAGAAUAUAUUAUUGGUACUGAGUUUGUACCUUGAAUUGAAACAGUACCCAAAAAAUAUAUCUGGCAAAUGUUUUGCAUUGGUCCAAGUGUUAUUGUUGAAAGAAGAUAAUAUAAAUAUGUAUUAUUUACUAGUAACCCCUUCCCCUUGGUUGCUGGGUUGCUUAUCCGGUAUUGCUUGCAGAUUAACUCUGGCUUACAUUGUGGUUUUCAUUUGCUAAAGACAGUGCUGAUUAUAGUCAUGACAUGUUAUGCAAGUUAUGCAACAGUGUGUAUAUACAGGUUACAAUAAUUAUGUUUUAUUUUCAUUACUUUAUGAUAUUGUAUCAUGUCAUAUGUAUUUAAGUUACCUGUUGUUUCUGAUGUAAAUACUGAACUUCUUGGCAAAGUCUGAUGCACUUGGUUCAUGCUUUAGUUGAUUUUGUCAGUCUAUUUUAUUCACUCUCAAGUUUGUGUAAUUAUGUAUUUUGUGGACACAUGUGCUUACACAUAGUACAUUACUACAACUAAUUUGAUCCUACCAUGCUUUUACUUGUACUCUAAAUUACAGAUUUAUUAUUGUUUAUGUAAUGGCACAAAAGUUCCUAUUUUUGUAUAAUGAGUGACUGUAUACAUAUUAUGAUAUAAAUGUGUAUUGUUUACUAUUAGUAUUACCAAUAUUUUUAACAAAAGUAUUAGCUUUGAUAGUUGAUGCCACAUUGAUAUAACUCCUGAACAAUAUAGUUACACCCUACAGUACUUCACAAAUCACUUGUAAAUUAAGUUAAUUAAUAUUUGCCUUUAAAUCUUUUUUAAGCAUUCGUGCAUUAAACUACGCAUGAAUUUUCUAAGAAGUAUCAUUCUGUCACUUUAACACGUGCUGGUGCUAAAUUUGCCAUUCAUUCUGCAUUUCAAAAAUAUUUCUAACUUAUUGCUUCAGACUCAAAUUUAACUUUUAGUAUUGUCUGUAUGUUUAUCUGCAUAAAUGUGUCCAUGGUGCUAUCAUUUUUUCUGUAACUAAUUGUGUAUGAUUUUUUUGCUAUAAUACAAGUAGUAGUACAUAUUAUAUUAUGUUUGUCAAUCUUUUAUCUAUGUUUACACGACCUAUAUGUACUUUUCAAAUUGUUUGUUUUUUUUGUAUUGUUAACCAACUCAGAAUAAUCACAGUACAUCUAGACUGAGUAAUAAAAUUUGUUCCCAACUUUCCCUUUUGUAAAAUUAUCACCUGCUGUUUUAGUUGGAUUAACAAAGAAUCUCAGCAUGGCUGUUUAUUGAUUGGUGUGAUGUCUUAACUAUUUUGGUAUUGCCCCUAUUAAUACACUUAGCUUGUUUUCCUUAGAAAGUAAUAAGCAAAUUUGCAUUUAGUGGUAAUACGCACUUCUUGGUUCUGGGUAUUAUAUUGUUUUUGAAAAAGUUUAAAAAUGUGUCACAAAAGUCUGAACCAAUUCCAGUCCUCUAUAAACCAACUGUGUUCUACUUUUGUUGCCUUUGUCCACUUACUUUUUGUGCGAUCAUCAUCUGUGUGAUUAUAUAAAGUCUUGUUUCAAUCAUUAUUGAAACUAUGUUUCAUGUUUAGGUACAACUAUCAACAGAUACAUUUUUUUUCUUAAUCAUAUGAAUUGAACUUGUAUAUACAUGGCGAGGAAUGGUGGAUACAGUGAGCGCGAAAUGCGGCAGCAGCAAGAAGAUGCUGAACAAAGAUUAAAGACUAGAAAUGUACGUAAAAAACUAUUGGACAAUCUUCAGGUAGCAGAUGUUCUACCCUUACUUAGCGAAGUAAUACCAGCCAAUAAAAAGGAGGAAAUCGAAUGUAUUUUAACUCAAAGUGGAAGAACAAAGGCAGUGGAUAAACUCCUAGACAUAAUUGUUCGCCAUUCUGAAUGGUUAUACCCUUUUCUUGAUGCACUUCAUUCUGAAAAUCAGGCAAAUUUAGCGGAAUUACUGCUGCCAGGUUACAUUCCAGCAGACGACUGAUCAUUCUUCAACUGCAUGAACAAUCGUGCUAAAUAGUAAAAGUGUUUUAAAAAAAUGUUUUCUUUUAAAAUUUAUAUUCAAUCUACGUUUUAAAUGCACUAAGGUGUUGUGUGUGUUACAUUAUGGGAUGUUAUAUAUGCUCGAGAAUAAAUAUUUUUUACGAAUU